AUGGACGACUUAUUGGAUAUAUCAGAAGUAAAUUCCAUGAGUAAUGUUAGAUUUGAAGAGGUUUUCGGUAAUGUGAUAGAACUCUAUAGCACCGCGUCGGUUCAUGUACAAAAUAUGCGUCCGUUCCAAGAUGUAACUGACCUCUGCGCUGCGUUCAACAAAUAUUUGGAUGAAGUCUGCUUAGAAGAAAAACUUAAGGUUCUUAGUUCACAUCCUGAUUUAGCGGGUCGAUUAGCUGCACAGGGGGAGCUCACACGCGAGUCCGCGGGUGAACAGCGCAGUGCCGGACUAACCGAUCUUACUGCCGAGCAAAAAGCUCUUAUAGACUUACAUAAUAAAAGGUACAAGGCCAAAUUUGGUUUUCCAUUUGUAAUUUGUGCAAGAGAAAAUAAAGUACAAGCAAUAAUUGAAGGUUUACAACAACGAUACAGUAACACAAGGGAUACCGAGAUAAACAUUGGUAUCAAUGAAGUUAAGAAAAUUUGCAGACUUCGUAUACUUGAUAUUGUCAAAAAU